CUGCAGCAAGAAGGCAAGGAGAAACAGGGUUAACCCGACGGACAAGGGAGGAAAAAAAGAUUCAACCUUUUCACUCAUAAAAAUCCUGAGACAAUCCCUUCUUCCUCUCACGAACUCGAGACCCGCGAGCGAGGAAAGAGAGGAAAAGAUGGCGAAGAAAGAGAUGGAGGUGGUGAAGGGGCUCGACCUGCAGCGGUACAUGGGCCGCUGGUACGAGAUCGCCUCGUUCCCCUCGAGGUUCCAGCCCAAGAACGGCGCGGACACGAGGGCCACGUACACCCUGCAGGAGGACGGGAUCGUGCGCGUCUUGAACGAGACCUGGACCGACGGCAAGCGCGGCUACAUUGAGGGCACCGCCUACAAGGCCGACCCCGGCAGCGACGAGGCCAAACUCAAAGUGAAGUUCUACGUGCCCCCGUUCUUGCCCAUCAUCCCUGUGGUGGGGGACUACUGGGUCUUGUACAUCGAUGCUGAUUAUCAGUAUGCUCUGAUUGGUCAGCCCAGCAGGAAGUAUCUCUGGAUACUGAGCAGACAGAGCCGGAUGGACGAAGAAACUUACAAUCGGCUGGUUCGGAAGGCUGAAGAAGAAGGGUAUGAUGUGAGCAAGCUGCACAAGACUCCACAAAGCGACACUCCACCGGAAGAAGAAGGACCCAAGGACACCAAAGGCGUUUGGUGGAUCAAGUCCAUUCUAGGAAGAUAGGGGGAACUCGAUUUCACAGCCAGCUUGAUGAAGAUGAUGCAGCAGAGGCUUCAUGGAGUUCUGAGAACAUAUGAGUGUUCAUAAAUAAUCAAGCAAAUGAUGUACCUCUGUUUUAAGUCAGAUUGAAAUCUUUUAGUCUGGAGACUACCAUGCGUUCGUUUUGUUUAAUACAUAUUUUGCUUCUGCUGUGUGGGGGUGAUUGUGUCAGUGAUGAGAUAUUGGCAAUGAAUAGGAGCUGUUCAAUUAUGAGAUC